UUAAAGCCCGCCUUUAGUAGUCAGCGCUUUGUAGAAAGAACAUUUUUAUUUUUGAAGUUUUAAAGUUAGUGUUAGUGUUAAAUCAUACGUAUAAAAUGUCUAACGCAAUGUCUAACAAGGUCACACUGUUGUGGAUUUUCUGUGCUUCAGUGUAAAAAAUGGUUAUUUCAAAACCGUUCAUAUUAUGUCCUCUCCCUCUCUCCGUAGCAGCUACCCAGUCACGGUUUAGCGCAUGCGCUUUCCACUUCUUUUCUUGCACUACACGCGUGCGUAUUAUUCACACUUUUGGGAAAGUCUGUUUUGAAGACAGAAAUCGUGAAAAUAUAAGACAUAUUUUGUACCACUAUGGGAGGACAGACAAAGGGCAAAAAGAAAAGCAAGCCGAAGAGGAAAGACAACCGCCCAAACACAGAUGCAGGAUUUGUUGGAUUGUCACCUCAGGAAAGAAUGAAACUAAGAGUACAUGAAAAAGCCAAGAAGAAGACAGCUGAGAAGUACUCUGUGCAACAGCUUCUCGAAAAGACAGAGGAAUGCAUGGACAGUUUUGACUUUGAGAUGGCUCGCCUUUUCUGUCAACGAGCCCUGGAUGUGGAGUCCACCAACCUGCAAGCUCUAGACAUGCAGGGACACAUCUGCUCUGAACUAGGAGACACACAGAAAGCUAAGGAAGCUUUUCUGCGUGCAGUGGAGCUGAGCCCAGAUGAAGGCCACAAUAAGUACAUGUACCUGGGACAAAUCAACACUGGCCAGGAGUCUGUUGACUUCUACACUAAAGGAAUACAAGUCCUGCUGUCUGUAUUGGAAAAACAAGCACAAACCACACAGGCUCCGGCCGCAGCUGCUGCCCCACCAGAUGAGGACACAGAGCUUCCCACAGCGAAGGAUGUUUGUGUAGCCUACUGCUCCAUGGCAGAGAUUUACCUCACAGACCUCUGUAUGGAAGAGGGAGCUGCAGACAAGUGCAAAGAGUUCAUUGAGAGAGCAUUACAGUAUCACCAUGACAACCCUGAGGCUCUACAGCUCAUGGCAAGUUACCUGUUCAGUACAGAGAGAAACCAGGAGGGCAAAGAAUACCUGUUGAAGAGUGUUGGAUUGUGGCUACCUUCCCAAAAACAGAGUGCAGCUUCUUCCAGCACAGAGGAAGACAUGCAGAAUGAGAUCCCGCCGUACGAGUCUCGCGUCACCACAGCCAAACUGCUCGUCGAGUCUGAGGAAUAUGAGAUGGCGGUAGAUGUUUUGGAAGAUCUCCUGGAGGAGGACGAUGAAGUCGUCCAGGUGUGGUAUCUCUCCGGCUGGGUGUGCUACCUCCAGUUGGAAAAAGCAAAAGAGCAGCAGGAAAGCGAGAAAAGGGAAGUGACGGAGGAGGAGACGGAGGAGUGGAAGGCUUUGAAGGAGGCGGCCAGAUCGUACCUAACCAAUGCUAAGAAGCUGUACAGUAAGCUGCAAUGUGAUGACCAGCCAAUGUUGGAGCAUGUGGAGCAGCUGCUUGGUGAUCUGGGAGGAGAGCUUGAGGGAGAGGAGGGAGAUCCAGUCGUGGAUGAUGACUAUGAACCCUGUAGUGAUGAGGAGGAGGAGGAGGAGGAGGAGGAGGACAAUGCAGAGGCACCCAUGGAACACUGACCACAGCCUCCUUGCUUUUACUCUGUGAUUUCCAUUUUCCCUGUCAUUCUUCCCUCUAGUUAAAAUGUUCUAGUGCACUCGCUUAAGUGCCUUUUGUACCGGUUAUUCUUUCACACCAGUUUAUCAAAGAUUACAUUUCAAAGUGAGAUCCACUAAAAAGAGUGGCAUUAAAAGCUGCAGUCUACUUGAUCUCUUUCAGUCAGUUGUUUAAUGCUUUUGGUGAAAUAAGCACAUACUUGAGUAAUGCUUCCCUUAAUCUCCUUGACAAGAUGUUGAUGAAAGAAAUUAGUUUUAGAGCUUUACUGCUUACCAACAGCAAAAGCAAAACACCUUUGGAUGCUUAACCUCUUAUACACACCCACGCAUUAGUAUCUACAAGCAAAGGUACACGGCACAUGCGCACACACACACACACACACACACACACACACACAAACAAAGUGUAUUUACUUCAGCGCUUGCUUAAUACAACAGCAGCAGUAACAGCAGUGUUUCCCUCUCAGACUGCAGUUAAGUCAAAUAUCUCAAAAGGAAUAAAAGCAUUAUUAGAAAACGGUCUGCCAACAAAUGGUUAAUGCUGUCUUUACAUGUAAUAGUUCUAAGUUCAUGUGCAAUUCUGGAAUUUUUAUCACUCCUGCUUUGGGUUUUUUUCCUUCCUUUUUUCUUGUUAACUUCAUUGGGCUCAACAAGGCAAGACACAAUAGAGAGAAUUUGACAUCAAUUUAUGCAACAUGCGUUUCACUGUCUGCUAGACUGUUCAAAGUGGCUGGUACAAAGCCUUUCAGAAAGGAGAAACGGGCAACUCUGACUUCUUCUUCUUCUUUUUUCAACUAGUUUUCACAUUGCAGCCUUUAAAAUUCUCAUACAGGGUUAUGUGGCGUACCGGCAUUGGGUAAGUGAAAUGGAGCGGCACAAUAAUGGACAAUGCUUUUUUCUCUUUUAUACUUUUUGAGGGCAGCUACACAUGGAGCUACUUUCAAUGGACAGAAAAGAUUCUAAAGUUUGAACCUUUUUCUAACUAAGCCACACAUGUCUGAUUGAAUUUUUUAUAAACCUACAUUGUGACUAUUGGAUACCAUUUUCCACAUUACAGCCCCUAAUUUCUCAAAAUCUUUUAAUCCUCCUGCUUAAGAUUAAUUGUGAUUGACUGCCCCCAAUUUAAAUCAGUAGCUCUUUAAUUUAUAUUUUAAACAUAUUAAACAUAAUAAAAUGCAGUUUGAACAUUAGAUUUUAUGCACCUUGCAAACAUUUUUGGACACAGUUGGGGAUUUUCUCAAACCCUGAUGUUUUUUUGUACAUGUCAAGAGUUUUUAUCUGACGUGCAUGCUUUAACACACACGUACCACAGAGUCCAUGCGCCUUGCCUGUUAACGAGCGCAACACACCACAGGCAUCCACUGCUGCGCGGCCCCUUUGAAGAAUUUCAUAACCGGUAAAUGGGAAUGUUAUCUGAGAUCCUGCUUCUGAUAGCGACCUGGCUUCAAACUGAGAGGCCUGUUAGGGAAUACAGGGGUUCAGAUACCACGAUCUGAUACCACGUGUUUGUGUUUAAGGAGCGUAAAAUAAAGCUCAGGAGAAAUGUGAUAUGAUACUGUGUGUGUGUGUAUAUAUAUGCUGCAGAUAUUGAUAGCUUAAUGUGCUAUGAAGUGUUGUUAUUUGUGGACCCCGGCUUUGCUCAGAAAUAUUCAUGCCUGUGAUGUUUAAUGUAUGAUAAUGCACCUGGAGUACGGGCCUCACAGACUGAAUACCUGGAGGGAUGCUGUCAUUAGCAUUUGGCUUUAUAAUUAAAAUGGUCUCUAGUGUGUAUGAUGUUUUCUA